UAGAGAGGAAGGAUUUCAUUCACAGUAUCUGGUUGAAUCACGACAGGCAUUUCUGGAGACGGGGACUGAGGAAGUUAGGAGCGAUUAUAACUAACUAAUAACAAGUUUGCAAAAAUGAACACUUUGAAAAAAGUCAUAUUUGCAAGCAUAUGUGUUGCUUUCCUGGCUGUCAAGUGGACUGCACCCCGUUUUGAGGCAGAAUCUCUCAGGGGUGCCAGGGUAGUGGUGACCGGGGCAAGUACGGGUAUUGGUGAACAAAUGGCAUAUCACUAUGCCCGUUUUGGAGCUCAGAUAGUAAUUACAGCAAGGAGGGAGAAAGUCUUACAGCAGGUGGCAGAGAAGUGCCUGAGUUUGGGAGCCCAGAAAGCUCUCUACAUAGCAGCAGACAUGGGCAGUGAUUCAGACCCGGACAAAGUGGUAGAUUUCGCUCUGGAAAAGCUCGGAGGGUUGGAUUAUCUGGUUCUCAACCACAUUGGCCCGAGCCCCUUCAGCAUGUGGGAUGGAGAUGUAGAGCAUACCAAGUGGCUGAUGAAGGUCAAUUUCUUCAGCUAUAUUCAGAUGGCUUGGAAAGCUAUGUCUGCCCUUGAACAAAGUAAAGGAUCGCUGGUGGUUGUUUCAUCACUUUUAGGUAAAAUGGCCAAUCCCUUUGUAGCACCAUAUGCAUCAACAAAAUUUGCCUUGAAUGGUUUCUUCGGGGCCCUUCAGCAUGAGCUGGCUAUGAAGAAGAGCAACGUGUCCAUCUCUAUAUGCACACUGGGGCUCAUUGAUACAGAUUCAGCUAUGGAGAAAGUCAGGGGUGUUACUAAUGUGCCAGCCUACCCUGCCACCGAUGCAGCCAUGAACAUCAUCAUUACAGGAGCUACAAGACAGCUGGAGCUCUUCUACCCUUGGCCCACCUACCUUUUGACACUUACCAAAGACUGGUUCCCUUCUAUCACAAACUAUAUAAUCCAGAACUCCUACAACCACAUCCCAUGAAAAACAUCUGUAGUACCACUAUGCAUCCUGUGGAUCAAGUACAUGGAGUUUUAUUUGGUUUAGACCAUGACAUCAUAUUUAUGUUAUGCUCCAAUUCAAAUAUCAGUCUCUCUCCAGAUGCACAGACUCUGCCUUUAAAGGUAUUAUAUGUAAACUUUUGAAGCAUUUUCUACGUAUUAAUUUUAUGUUUGAUUGUAUGAUUACCUUUUAUUGCUGAUGAAUGAACAGAUUAUACCAUAAUUAAAAAAUUAGCCCUUCCACUUCCCACCUUCUUAUUUCAGUGAAAAUGGACUCAGGCUGAAUUUUCUGGGAAUUGGAUGUGACAUUUAUGCACGCUCCAGAGUGCCUUUACUUUCUGCUUUCCUACAGUGUCAACAGUGUGCUAACACUAGCAAACAUUCAUUUAUAAAUGGAUUCUUCUAAUGUCAACCUGCACCCACUACAACAACACCAACGUCCACAGUCAAAGCUAAAAUUACUGUCAGGCAUGUGAAAUAUAUUGUGAUAUUGCUAAUGUGAACAAACUACUUGCUAACUUUCUGAAUAUUACAUACAGAGAACCUUUAAUAUUCCGAUGUGUUUCCCUAAUCUUUCCUAAUCUUAAUCUUACUUCAUUUAGAAAAUUGUUUCUCCUUACAGCCAAAUGUAUCAGGUUAAAAGUCCCUGAGGGAGAAAAGCUUAUGGCAUGAGUUUGUUUCAUUUUGGUCUACCUCAAAGAGAUUAAAAGUGAAUUAGUUCAUAUCUGCACAGCACAGUCAGUGCAGUCCAUCAGUGAAGGCACCAAUAGCCAUUAGAUGUGAUUUUUCUUUUUUAAAAACACACCUGGUUUACUACUUAGAGAACACAUGGGGCAGUAUAUAGUAGGAGAGUGUGCUGGUCAGGAAAAGGAAGUUUCUAAAGAGUAGAGGACAUCUGUACUUCUUCAAGAGAGAUUUAGUGGUUUGAGGGUAUUUUGCUAUUUGAUAGUGCAUGGUUGAGAAGGUACAGUAAAGACGGGGAGAGAAAGGGUGGGAAUGAUAUAUAAUAAAGGUUACCUGGCUGCAAUCGAUCCAUAGAUGUUGAACAUGUUGAGUGUUGUCUUAAACACAUUUAAACACUAGGCCACCAGGACUUCCUAUAAACAAUAUAACUUAGUCUAAGUGACUGAUUGGAACAUAGAUUGAUAUAUUAUGAUUAUUUUUAAAAAUAUAUAUUCUGUAAUUAAAACAUACCUGUGGAAGAAAAGAGCCAUUCAUCUGAGUAGUACUUUGAAUGUCCACAUGAGGGCAGUAGUGCCAAAGUAGUGAAGUAAGGUUACUUCAGUCUAUCUACAGCAACCAGUGAAGUCCAUUCUGUGUGAGGAAGCAUCAAGCGUUGGAUGGUGAUUGAUUUGAAAUAUUUGUAUUUUAAACACUGAUGUCUUUGGUUGAAAGAACAACUAGGUUUCAUGUGUUCACAAAUUGAAUCAUCAGAUUCUUUGUUGUUGUUGUUCUGUUGUUGUUGUUUUGUUUUUUAAACCUCCAUCAAUACUGUAUGUUUUCAAUCCUCAUCCUCCCUGUCCAUUUUCCUGUCUUCACUGUUCUCCACCCCUGGGUUCCCCUCCGUCUCCAUUCUUCUCUAUUUCAUUUACUUUCUUCUUUCCAAAGCCGGCCACAGUAGGCGUUGCAGACUUCCUACAGAGCAGGACUUUCUCAGUGGGUUCCUUUGUGUCUUUGUUCAUCAUCCCCCAAAAGCACCGCAGGCUUCCUGUGAAGCUGUUGGCUCAAUCCAUCCUGGUGGUCUUUUCAUUAUUGUAAUACACCCCAGAGGUUGUACCCUGCUGAUAGAGUGGUUUUUUACUGUAUUCCCAUAGUGAGUUGUCAUUGUCAAAAACAAAUGCCUUUGUAAAAAUUAUAGCGUGAUUUAAAAAGUUGAGAAACUUGGAAGAGCACUUUCUCCAGCAUGCAUAUAAAUGACUCUCCCAGAGCAAGAAGAA